CACACAUACACACAAAACCAACUAAAUCCUUCCUCAACAGCCAAUGGAAUUCAGGAAAUUUCUCUCUUGUGCAACCAGUUCUACAAGAGAAAAAGUUGCAAGGAGACAUUUGGGAACCUGGAUUGUCUGUCUUCAUGGCCUCCAAAUUCGAUCUUUCACAUCUUCUCCCUGCUUCCCAGUUGCGUCAACUGGCCCAUGACUGGCUGCAUGAAGAUGUUCCCAGCUUUGACUAUGGUGGUUAUGCUGUGGGUGACCGACAGGAAUGUGCCGUGCUCCUCUGCAAAUCCCCAGGAAUCUUAGCUGGCUUCCCUUUCUUUGAGGCCAUCUUUGCUGAAGUGGGCUGCUCUGUGAAGUGGCUCCAGCCAGAGGGGGAAUGGGCUGAGCCAAUCAUCCGGGUGGCCGAAGUCCGUGGGCAAGCCAAAGACCUCUUGCUGGGUGAGCGGGUGGCUCUGAACUGUAUUGGGCGAUGCAGUGGUAUUGCCACAUCAGCAGGAAAGGCAUGUCGGGCAGCACGAGAAGCUGGCUGGCACGGAGAGGUGGCUGGAACAAGGAAGACCACUCCGGGAUUCCGUCUACCUGAAAAAUAUGCCCUGUUAGUGGGAGGAGCUUCCUGCCACCGUUUUGACCUCGGGAGCCUCAUCAUGUUGAAGGACAACCAUGUGUGGGCAUCUGGGAGCAUCACACAGGCUGUCCAGAGGGCCCGGCGUGUCGGAAGUUUUGCCCUGAAGAUAGAAGUCGAGUGUGGCUCCUUGGAAGAGGCCCUGGAAGCAGCAGAAUGUGGUUCUGACAUUAUCAUGUUGGACAAUUUUGCCCCUGAGGAUCUGCACCCCACAGCUAGCUCCCUGAAGGCCUCCUUCCCCCAUGUGAUGGUCGAAGCCAGUGGAGGAAUCUCCGAAGAUAACGUGACUCGGUUUGUGGGACCCAAUAUUGAUGUGGUCUCCCUCGGUUGCCUCACCAAUUCAGCCAGAGCUGUCGAUUUCUCCCUCAAGAUUUGCCGAGACUCAGCCUCCAAGCCAUCUCUGCGGAAUUUUGUCUUCUGACUUGUGAAGAUGGGGGAGCCUGACAGUAAUUAAGUACCAUUUAAACUGGCAGGAGGUUUGCUGUGGGAGGUAGAUUGUAUCCAUUGUGGACUGUGGUUGCCAGGUACCAACCUUUAAAAGUCCAAAACAUUGUGUGGGCUGAAGGGGCUUCAUUUGUGGUGAAGUUGCUCCACCAGUCCCUCUGCCUAUCCUCUUCCCCUACCUGCCGUAGCAAGCGGGACCUACCGUGUGGGAGGAGGCUAGGUGAGGGAGCAGUGGAGCGGCAGCGGGGAAGGCUCACUGCCUGCAUCCCUCUCAGAGCUCCAUUCUGCCACCUGGCCACUUCAAAAUGUCUGUGGUUUUGCGGUUAUGCCCCUUCCACUCCUGCUGCAGGCUGUUUUUAUGAGCUAGCCAAUAAAGUGCCAAUCUUUUAAAAGCGGAUUCCUCACUAUUUAUUAACCUGUUUGUGCCCCACUACAGCUCCAUCCAUAUUAUUGCUCCCUGAAUGCCUUUGGGAUGCCACCAGAUAUCCUCACAUUUGUCGCACUGCAGUGGGCCACUUUCCCCAACUCUCUGAGAUCUCAAAAGCGCUCACCCCAUCUUCCCUCAUAAUCUUGCGCUUCUCACCAUAGGACGCCUCUCAAACAAUUAUUUAUUCUGCUGCAAACCUCCUGCCAUCCCAGUUAUUCCAUCUUGCAUUCCUGUUCUUUCUCUGUCAAACUCAGGUCCCUCUCCUCCUCCAUUCUUCCUGCCAUAACCAAAGAGCUGCUCGAUUAUUCUGCUCAGUAUUCUGAAUUCAAGAAGGAACUGUAGCAAGGCUCUGUCCCAACUCCUAGAAGGAUCCCAACUCAAGGAUUCCUACCCCAGGUGACACCCUUGCAGUCUACUAUGAUCAUUAAUCCAGAAUAACUACCACAUCUAGGUUCUGUAACCACAAUCCCCACAUUGCCCAUAAGUGUGCAUUGCAAAGAUAAAGGGGGAGGGGGGGAAUUACCUUCCUCCCAUUCUUUAAUUGCACUGAUUGUGAGAACAGUUUAUACAUUAAAAUGUAGUAAUAGGUCUGUUCAAGUGAAGUCCAUGUGGACAUGCCCAGAAAUCGAAUCAGGAGUAUUAAAAAUGUGCAUGUGGUACCCAGUAAAUGGUUUGAUGUGGGAGCGUUGCUAAGAGGCAUGGACAGGAUCAAUAAUCUGGAUGGGAGGCUGCUGGGAAUCCCAUAUAAGAGCAGGAAAAACCGACUGUUAGAAGAGGGGCAUUAGAAACAGAGAUGUCCUCAUUUUUAUUAAGACAUUUUACGGAGGAAGGUCCCGGUCAGGUUAAGAUUGGUUGAGAUGGGCAGGGGUUGGCUUUGGGGUGUGUGAUUUUUCUCCCCAAACAAUAGUAAGAAUAAUAAAUAACAGAGUGACAUGUAUAUUGCUGGGGUACAAAAGUGAGUGGAUCAUCAGGGACCGGCGUAAAGGAAACUCCCCGGCCUGGGGGUGUCUUGGUGGAUUCCCCCCACAAAGCAAGGGUGGGGACUUCGGCGUUUAUUCCCCUUCCUUGUCC